CCUGUUUCUGCGUCACGGUCGCCAUGUUGAUAAAAUGCCGAUAGAGAAACGGAAGUCGCAUUCUGCACGUUACCGUGCUUCCUUUGCUUAGAACAUCGCUGAGAACGGUUUUGUCGUUAUGCCUUGCUCUUGGUGCGCGUCGCAAGGCCUCGUUUGCAAAAUGAUCGCGCGUACGAAGCGUUACGAAGCCUGCGUUCGUCGAGGUCGUUCUUGCGAUGGCUCUGGCAUACCGCUUUCUUCCUAUAAAUGAAUCUUAACGCCGUCUGGAAGAAGCCUAGCGCGAGUUGUCCGAAAAGCUUGCGCGGCUCCGGCGUCUUCGUCAGCAGAAGGAGUUUUUGGUGGAGAAAGGUGCCGACAUGGUGGCGCGUGGUCUGUCGACCUUGGACGAGUUGGAGGAGGUUAAGCGGCAAGAGACGCCUACUAUGCCCUCGUCACAGAUUAAUGAUGCCAUCGAUACUAUCGACUGGGGCGCCGUCUUUGGUUCUGUCCCGGGUUUUCCUUUAGUCGAUCCGGAUUCUGCUGGUAGAACUGUUCUAGUUUCUUAGGGCAGUUUAAAUUCUUGACUGGUUCCUAUGAGUUGUCCUCUGGUCUAAAAUCAAGCCAUUUGACCAGGUACUAUAGUUCCCUGUUAAUAAUAUAUGAAUCUAGAAUUUCU